GAAUACGUAGCCGUUCAAGCUAAUAUAGUUUUUCCUCUACUCUAAACAAAAUGACGACUGAAAACUUGGAGCAAUUUAACGCCGACGAGCUGGAGGCCCCAGAGUGGUUAAAUGCUAAAUUUAUAGGCGAAAUUCUGAGCACGUGUGAGGGAGCGCCAGAACUGAAAGUUACCGAUCUGAAAAUAUCCCCGGCGAGCGCCCAGGGUGAUCACUAUGCGAGUAUUAUGUUCCGCUCCCUAGUUGAGUACACAACCCGCAAGGGAGUGUUCACCAAGCCACUGAUCAUUAAGACGAUGCCCGAACAGGAGGGCCACAAGAAGGACAUGCUAAGUGAAUCUCAUUUUUUCGAAACAGAAAUUGGAAUGUACACCAAAGCCCUGCCGGAGUUUGAGAGGAUACUGAAGCAGGCGGGAGAUGACACCAAGCUAUAUGUCCCGUGCAUCUAUCACAGUCUUGAGCCUCGCCAGGUUAUGAUCUUUGAGGACCUGGUGCCGCAGGGAUACACUGUCAUCCGGGAUCGUCCGGUUAGGGAGGAGGAACUAUGCAGAGCCUACUCGAAACUGGCCAAAUGGCAUGCCAUCAGCAUGAAACUGCUCAAUGAGCAACCCGAUUUUCUGAACGAGUUCCAAUAUGGUUGGACUGAAGUGCCAGCCCUGAUGAACGAUCCCUUUAUGACUACGGCAAUGCCUCCCUUCAUUAAAAUGCUGGAACGAUGGCCAGAGCUGAGGAAGUACAAGCCGCACUUUGAGAAAAUAAAAGAUACCUACCUGGACAUGGUGAAAACCGUUCUGCAAGAGUAUCGCACAAAUCCACAACCUGAUGGAUAUUACGUGCUGUGUCACGGAGACUUUCAUCUGCGGAAUAUGAUGUUCAGGCACAACAAGGAGACAGGCGACUCCGAAGACGUCAUGCUGGUGGACUUUCAACUGUGUAAUACCAGUCCCAUAGCCGUGGACUUGAUAUACUCCAUCCACAUGCUGAUGGAGCCAGAGCAGCGCUGGACCCAUGGCGAGAAGUUGAUCAACUAUUACUUCUCUGUGUUGGUGGAUACUCUAAAGAAAGUGGGUUACAAAGGUGCAAUGCCUACCCAAGAGAAGCUCUGGCAACAGAUCCAUAAGCUGAAAUAUUAUGACUUGUUUAAUAUGUUUACUUUUUUGCCAUUAAUUUUGGGCAUCAAAACGAAUUCUUUUACAAUGAAUGGUCUGCUUCAAGAUGCAGAAACGCGUCAGAAAACCUACUAUCAGGAUGUAUACGUUAAGGAUAUCAUGAAAUUAUUACCCAAAUACGAACAAAUAGGCUAUUUUGAGGAUCUAUAGAUAGUUUUUUUUAGUUACUAUCGAAUAAAUUUUACAAUGAAUGCGCAUU